UGUGCAUUGUGCUUAGUGUGUCAGUACUGCAUCCACCGAGGAGGAGAGGGCCACACACGGCCUCCGUAACCUCUGAGCUGUAAACCUGCAACCGCACACUGAAGGAGAGUCAGGAGGAGGAAUCUGGGACCAUAUCUGCAGCGUUUCCUGGACUGAGUCGCUCCUUUGUCGCCGCCAGUCUCCGGGCUGCAGGAGGAGAAGCUGGGAGAGGACGCGUCUCCUUUAUUAAAUCCCGAUCUGUCGGUGGCGGAAGGAAGGGACGUGAUAUGAACCCAUCAUCGGCUUAAAACGGCAGUGCAGCUAAUAAAUAGCCCCGUUUUCAGGGGGAGGGGAGACAUCAGAGAGGACAUUUGUACCUUCAACCUUAAAAAAGACCUGACGACGGAAGCUGCAGCGAUGCCCGGGUUUGAUUACAAGUUUCUGGAGAAGCCAAAGAGACGCUUCCAGUGUCCGCUCUGCAGCAAGGCGAUGCGGGAGCCCGUCCAAGUCUCUACCUGUGGACAUCGCUUCUGUGACACCUGUCUGCAAGAAUUUCUAAGUGAGGGGGUCUUCAAGUGUCCAGAAGAUCAGCUGCCAUUGGACUAUGCCAAGAUCUACCCGGACCCGGAGCUGGAGCAGCAGAUCCUGGCGCUGCCAAUCCGCUGCAUCCACAGCGAGGAGGGCUGCCGCUGGACUGGCCAGAUGAAGCAGCUGCAGGGCCACUUCUCCACCUGCGCCUUCAAUGUGAUACCCUGCCCCAACCGCUGCUCCGUCAAGCUGACACGCCGCGACUUGCCCGACCACCUGCAGCACGACUGCCCCAAGCGCAAGGUCAAGUGCGAGUUUUGCGGGAGCGAGUUCACCGGCGAAGCCUACGAGAACCACCAGGGCGUGUGUCCUCAGGAGAGCGUCUACUGUGAGAAUAAGUGCGGGGCGAGGAUGAUGCGUCGUCUGCUGUCCCAGCACAGCUUGUCCGAGUGUCCCAAACGCACGCAGCCCUGCAAGUACUGCGGCAAGGAGUUUGUCUUUGACACUAUCCAGAACCACCAGUACCACUGCCCUCGGUUUCCUGUCCAGUGUCCGAACCAGUGUGGCACACCCAACAUCGCCCGAGAGGACCUGGCUAACCACGUGAAGGACAACUGCGGCAGUGCUCUCGUUCUCUGCCCCUUCAAAGAUGCUGGCUGCAAACACAGGUGCCCCAAACUGGCUAUCGGACGUCACCUUGAAGACACCACUAAGUCUCACCUGACUAUGAUGUGUAACUUGGUGGGGCGUCAGCGGCAGGAGAUCCUGGAGCUGCGGAGAGAGAUGGAGGAGCUGUCGGUCAGUCAUGACGGCGUUCUCAUCUGGAAGCUCAACGACUACUCGCGCAAACUCCAGGAGGCCAAAGUCAGAAGCAACCACGAGUUCUUCAGCCCGCCCUUCUACACCCACCGCUACGGCUACAAGCUGCAGGUGUCGGCCUUCCUGAACGGUAACGGCAGCGGGGAGGGCUCCCACCUCUCAGUCUACAUCCGCGUGCUCCCCGGAGAGUACGACAGCCUGCUGGAGUGGCCCUUCUCCUACAAGGUCACCUUCUCAAUCAUGGACCAGAGUGACCCCUCGCUUUCCAAACCCCAGCACAUCACUGAGACCUUCAACCCCGACCCCAACUGGAAGAACUUCCAGAAGCCCAGCAGCAGCCGCAACUCGCUGGACGAGAGCACCCUAGGCUUCGGCUACCCCAAGUUCAUCUCUCACGAGGAAAUAAAGAAGAGGAACUACGUCCGAGACAACUGCAUCUUCGUCAAGGCUUCUAUAGAGAUCCCCCAGAAGAUCAUGGCUUAAGAAAAACCCCUUUUUUCUCUUUUUAUGAAGGAGAAAGAAGGAUUAGGAAUGGAACUGACACUUAACCUUGAAAACUUCUACACACUUACCCUUUAGAUACCUUGCAGCCUCUCCACCACAGAGCUUGAAGCGAGUCUGUUUGGCUGUGUGAGCUGGAGGAACUGGAUAUAUCACAGAGGAGAAAGUGUUUGGUCUGCAGAGCCAUCACUCUCUGGUCUUUCUUUUUUCAUUUGUAUCUGUUUGCUGACCUUUUAUCACAGUCUACGACAAAAAAAGCCUUGGAAAUCAAACAGUGCCUAGAGAGUUUAUCUUAAGUUAUAUUUUUGUUGUUAUUUCCGCAGUAGAGAUGUUAAAGAUUAUGGAAAAGAUAUGAAAUAUGGGUGAAGGGCUUCUCUAAGCCUCUGCACUUAUAGAGACGGUUAGAAGCUGGUUAGAGACGUCCCGUUGGGGUGAUCCGAAGAAGAGGGAGCUCAGCAGACUCAAGCUCAAGCCCAACUGCCUUUUGUUUACAUGCUCAUACAGUAUACACCCUCUGAACCCUCUACAAACAGAGCCCUCGUGAGAGACUUCUGAUGUUUGUGUACACACAAACUCCAAUCGAUGCUUUUGAGUGAGAAACUUGCAGCUUCAAUCAAUUUUUUUUUUUUUUUACUGAGUUGCUCUAACAUUUUGGAUGAGUUGAAUAAGAAGAUCAAUACCAUUCUCAUAUGUGUCUUCUGAAUAUGAGGCGUAAUCGAGCAUAUUGUUUACCUAGCGUAGCACAAUAAAUGAAACUAUCUCAAGCUCAAUCAUUGAAGCUCUAUCCGAACAAAAACUGAAGUGUAAAAAUCUGAUUUCUUGAUUUGCAGAGGGAUAUACUUUUUGAAUCGGGAGUAACUUUCUGAAAAAUAAUUCAUGCUAGCUGUUUCUGCUUUUUCUAGUCUUCAUGCUAACUAGGCUAAGCUAACUUCCUUUUGGCAGUAGCUACAUGUUUUUCAAUCUCAACAAAAGUGAAAUGGAGUAUUGAUAACACGUUUAUUAAUGGUGAGAUAAAGAUACAGCCAGCAUUUGAUUAAAUUAGUGUAACAUAAAAAACAGCUAGCUUACCUGGUUCUGUACAAUCAGAACAAAAUAAAUCUACCAAGACCAGGCUAACUGUUAUGCUAGGCUAAGCUAAAUGGCUGAUUGCUGUAGCCGUACAUUGAACAGAACAUUUAGUUCAGCACAUUGACAAACAUGUUUAGUAUUAACAAGAAAGAUAUAAAGUUGUAUAUAAGUAAGCUUAAGAGUAUUUGAAAAGUCGUUUUUCUCAAUUUUAAACAAGCAAGUUAUUCAUCCUCUUCCCACUUUUUAUGCUAAGCUAAUUAAGAUCAAGUGUUGCCGGAUAUAGCUUCAUAUAUUAGAAGACAUGCAUGAGAGUGGUCAAUCUGCUUUCUCUGACUCCCAGUAAAAAAGUGAAUCAUCAUAUUUUCAAAAUGUCAGACAAUUGACAGUAGCCUUUACAGAUCUUUGGUUUAAGUUGUCUGUUUAUGUUUUUAGCCCAAAAACAAUGAAGUUACAGUUCUGUCUCUUCUCGUUAACUGCUCUUAUCCCAGAUUCUGUCUGUGACUUUGUAUUUGUCAGUAGUUUGACCCUGCCCUGAAGCUUCAGGAGCGUGCAGAUGUACCAAACACACACGUCAUAAAGACCAUAUGAGGUUUUGUGUCUUUUGUGGAGUUAACCAAUAGGAAAAAAACUAAAAAGCACCUUUCGUCAGUUUUCUGAUGAGCAGACAAAGAGGCCAGUUGUUAAGAGUACAAGCGCAUUUAAUAGUGAAGGAAAAGCCAUGUGGCCUUUUUAUACUGUACGUCUUCGCAUGAGGGUUUUAGGGGUGAGCAGGGCAACAUAAACACAUGCAUGCUUCAUGUGCAACCACCUGGACCACAUUUUUGUACUGUAACCUGUAAUCUUGAAAUCCCCUCUUGUUAACGGCUAUGUUGUCUCUUUUUUUGGACCUUUUUUGAAAGUUGACGAAUUGUCAAAAUAAUACUUUUUUAAGUUUUAUGUUUUUAUACACAGAAAAUGUGAAAGCUGUUGGUUAUAUAACCUAUAAAGACAAUGAACACUUGGCUGUGAAGUGUAUUGUUUUACAAAGCCUGGGCGUGGAUGGUUUGAAAAGAAACAGGUGGGUGUCUCUGAACCAACUACACCUUUGCUGUUACCAUGGUCACUGGUUUCUAUCUGCAACUUGGCGAUGAGGAGCGUUUGGAGGGACGCUGCCCUGUGCGAUACAUUUGUCUCCAUCACAACACCAUCUGAGAGGUGGAGGACUUUUGUGAUACAGUAUGCUCAUGAUGUAUGUGAAUACUUAUGUAAAAAUGCAGAAGCACAUUCUGUUUUUUCAUUAUUAUACAUGGGAGGGAAAAAAAUCCAGAUUUUUGUCAUAAUACCAGCUGAUAUUUUACAGUGAUUUAAAGAAGUGAGAAGUUAAAAAAAAAAAAAAAAAAAGCUUUUUUGUAAGAUUCUGUAUUUUUCAAAAUACUUAGCUGUUUUAUACAAACACUUUUUGUUGGAGAGUCGGGGUUGACUUUGGGAAUUUUCAGACCCUGCUUCUCUCGGACAUUUGGAUAAUUCGUUUGUACUUGUGGUUUGAGCCUCACAUAUUCUGUCUGUAUUAUUUCCUCUUAAAAGUAUUUAUUUUAAGGAGCUGUCAUGUGACUGCGCUGAUGGCGGAAUUGUUUUAAUAUGUUGAUUGAUGAGUGCUUGUCAAUUUCAUGAUUGAAAUAAAAUACCAUAUAUUAUA